AAGCGUCGAAGAAACAACCUAUAUCGUGGCAUGACGAAGAUGAUGCUUGACAUGGCACGACUCCCGCUUCCUCGAAUUGGUUCGUGGACCAUGAGUAAUAGUGGUACAGUCUCGCUCACCAAUCGGCCUCUCUCCGAUUGGACUGGGUUCUGGAACAAGUACAAUGUCCCAACAUGUAUACCCAGGGUAUUUGGACGAUUCCCAAACUCGACAUUGAUUCAGGAAAAGUCUGAUAUGUGUCUAGGGUAUGACCUACGGCUCUACCGAGUCCUUUGUUCAGGACGUGAUUAGAUAUCAGGACAGCCGUAUGCGUCAUCAACCCAACGCUAUGCUUGACAAGGCAGACGGAAUCUUACAGUUGUCAUCAUUAGUAGCCUUGAGAGCACUUGUGCCUCACUUCUUCGAUCAGACUUCUCGCCAUGGACCCUUCGUACUCAGUCUGGUUGAUAUGCACCAAGCUAAUAUAUUCGUUGACGAUGACUGCAACAUUGUUGGUCUGAUCGAUCUCGAAUUCGCACCAGUCGGACCGAUACAUGUGACUCGAGUACCGAACUGGCUCACUGACCGAGCUAUAGACGACAUGAAGAGCUCCAACUUGGACGAGUUCAAAGCCCAGUAUGAUGAGUUCGUAAGCACUCUGGAAGAUGAGGAGGCUUUGCAAGGACAGGACAGCUCGUACAGCCAGCGGCUGCGAGAGGACUGGCAGACGGGUAGGUUCUGGUAUCUCAUAGCAUUAGCCAGCAUCAAUGCCUUUCCCGCCAUAUUUCGAGACCAUCUCUAUUCAAAGUUCUUCAAAGGCAGGAUCGACGCGAAUUCUAAUGUUGGUGCUCUCGCACAACUUUGGGAUGAGGAUGUUGAUGGCUUCAUUACCGGAAAGUUGGAGGACUAUGAGCGAUACAAGCGCGAGAUCGGUAAUAUCUUCGCUGCUGCCAGAGCUCGAGAGGUCAAGUCCAAAGAUAAUGGUACUGUGACGGACAAAGAGUAGAUAGAACUCAAGCCCACUCUCGCAAAGGCACACCAGCUCAGUGAUCUUUGAUCGAGCAAACACAGUAGAUAUCUGGUUGGCACGGCGCAAGCACGCAUCCAUCAAUCACGUCAACACACGCGAUCCACUCCACAAAGCUGGUCUCACAAUACAAUCCUCCAAAGGUCUUUCGAGACUUCCGAAAAAGA